AUGGAUACAACUACAAUUGAACUACAACAAUCACCAAUCAAUCAAUGGAAGGAUUUGACAUCAGGUGGUGGUGGAUGUACACACGAGAGUUACUUGGCAGAGAGUGGCGACAAAGUUGAGUCGUGGCAAGAGGUCGCAGCCAAGUCUUCAAUAUUUUUCGCACAGGUUAGGGAGGACCCAUUGUUGGACCAAGAGGUCCUCGACCGCUACUUUAGCCAAGACGCCCAGAUCAACAUGGCCAUGAUAUCCAGUGGCGGCGACACCGCAGCCUACAUCCUCAAGGACGCCAGACUGAAGAAGUUGGACCUGGUCGACAUCUCGACGCCUCAGCUCUCGCUCACCCGCUUGAAGAUCGAGCUGCUCAAGGAGACCACCCAGCGCCGCCUCGAGCUGCUGGGCCACGCCCCGCUGGACGCCGCUGAACGACGCCAAGCCGUGGAGCUGAUCUUGUCCCGAUUACCGGGGGUAACCAUUUCUGACUUUGAAGGAAAUGACCUCGGCGCCGGCAUCGACCGGACGGGACGCUAUGAACAGCUGUUCCACGCGCUAAAGGUUCGUUUGGCGGAUGUCUCUGGCAAGGUGGAGGCCCUGUUUGCACUCACCUCGGUCGAGGAGCAGGCCCGCUUCAUCGCCCCCGACACCGAGUUUGGUCGCGAGCUCGACGCCGCGUUCGACGACAUCCUUCACGUCGACAACUACUUCACGGUGUUUGGCGAGCGCGCCACAUCCAACAAGGGUCGCGACUUUUCCAAGCGCUUCCUUCAGAAGUUGCGUAACUUCCUCGCUAAUCACCUCGCCUCUAGCUCACCCUUCGUCUCGCAGAUCCUCCGCGCAGACUUUUACCGUGGCCGCUACUACGACUGGUACCGCAACCCUCAGCUGGGAGCAGCUGGCCCCGCGGCCGAGCUCGCCUUCCACAAGCAGGGCAUGGAGGAGUAUUUGAUCAAUGCGCGCGGCCUUGACGUCGUGCAUCUGUCCAACAUCACCGAUUGGUUCACGCCAGAGGAGUCGCUGAGGGUGCUCCGAUUGGCGUACCAGGCGCUCCGGCCCAAUGGCGUGGUGUUUGUCCGUCAGAUCAACACUCACUUUGAUCUAAACUCUGUGCACAUUGGGUUUGUAUGGGAUCAAUCCACCUCUGAGGAGUUGAUCAGGAAUGACAGGAGUUUCUUCUACAAGAUAGCAUUAGUUGGAAGGAAGGUAGUUGAACCCUCACCUUAA